AAGGACACGCGCCAUAGUUUUAUGCUCACCCUAACAGAUUAUAAAAGCGGUGUGGGUUUGUUUCUGUAUCAAAAUUGUAUUGCCAGUCGUAAGCGAUAGAGGCCAACACAAGUUUUGCACUUGUCUAUGCAUGUUUAUUAGAAGAAGUUUGUGCGUCUACGGUACGACUUUGGUUUUAUAUUUUUAUGCACUCAACAGACUUUCACGUCCAAGUUGAUCAUUAUUUUAGAAUUUAAUUUUCACUAGGCUUCCAAGCAGCACAGAAUAUAGACUCUAGCUUUCUAAUUGAUUUUUAGUACGGACGAUUGUUUGUUUCAUCAUGCAAGAUUGACGAAACAGCACUUCAAUUGCAGCCAGCCUUUUUUUUCGUCCUCUCAAACGUUUUUAUGUCUGCAUUCUAGUUUGGUUGAUGAGAUAGUCACAAGAGAACUGCUGACGUAAUCUCACUACAGUGAGUAACCUUCACCGAGAGAUCACAUCUUUAAAGAAACACUUUUCAACUGAACGUCUAACACUCAAGUGUUGUGGAUCACCACAUUUUGUCACAGCUAUGGCAGCCAAGAAUAAAAAGGCCAUACAAAGGCUUAUGUUUGAUCAGGAGGAACUAAGGAAAGCUCCUGUAGCAAACGUCUCGGCAGCCCCCCUUGAUGAGAAUAUGUUUGAAUGGCACUGCAAUAUUCGUCAAGAUGACAUCAUCUUCCACUUGAUUUUAUUUUUCCCUCAGAAUUACCCGUACAGUUCUCCUAGUGCAGAGUUUGUUCCUGUGGGUUUUAAUUAUUCAAGUGGAGCAACGAAACCAGGAAAAAAAGGGACAAAAAUCUGUUUGAAUAUUUUCUCUGAUUUUGCGGACAUUCACACUGAGUGGAAAGGCCAGAAAGGGUUAGGAUGGUCCCCAGGCUACACAGUGCAGAUGGUGCUAAUGAAUGUGGUAGCUUUCCUGGCUGAGACCCAAGACAAUGGAUCUUCGAGUCAUUCAUUCAAGCAAAAUCUUAAAUUGUCAAAAGAGUUCAAGUGUGAAGAUUGUGGACACACUUAUAGAACCCCACAGCCUUCAUUAGAUGAUGAAACUGAUAGUGGUGAGAGCAAAAAAGGAAAAGGAAAAGGUGCUAAGGGUAAAAAGGAAGGAGCUGCAACAGCCAAAGCUCAGCUAGCUGGAAAAGCUCAGGUGGCUGAGAAGGCAUUUGAUGCUGGGCCUGAAAUAAUUGACUACAUUUCCAAAGAAAAGUUCAAGAUAAAAAAGCCUUCAGGUGUGGAUGAUCUAUUUGGCUAUGGCCUUGCUGUGUCUGGGACCAAUUGGCGUCCAGUCCUGACUUCUCCAUGUGAGUUUAUCACAGGCAGUUCCUUCUUUGGAAUGAAAAAGGCAGUAAAAGUGGUUCACAGUGUCAUGAAAGAAGAGCUGAAACUGUUCCUUCCAUUGUAUAUUCAUCCUAUUCAUGGUGCUGAAAUCAAAGAUGAAUUUGAGAAAACUCUAAAAGAAGUUGCCGUGAUCAUGCCAAAACAUGACCCCAAUACUACACCUAUCACAGACCUGGUGUUGAAGACUAUCCCCAACCUGAUGAGUGCGACAGUAGUGGAGUUCUCCAAAGGCACUCAACAUACAAGUGACAACAGCCUUAAUGGCUACUUCGCACUUCACCGGCUUCUGCUCUGGGCAGCUGACACAUAUCCUGAAUUGCAGGAUGCUAUAGAGACCAAAGUGCAAGAGUAUGUGGAAGAUGAGAGGAACAGGACCAAGAGUAAAGUUCCAUACAUUGCUGAAUGGCUCAUGCUGGUGGCUGCUUCAAAGAAAUACCGGUGGCAAGAUGUGGCAGAUGCCUAUCUCAGUGAAUCAUGGAGACGCAACGUUAUCUGGUAUGUGAAAGCAGAUGCAAAACUUGGCUUCCUGGAUACGCCUCAAGACUACCGUAUCCGGCGAACACUAGAGGAAACUGAUAUCGCUCGAAAGCAUCUGGCAUUUCAAGUCCGCUUUUUGGACAUUGCCAUGCCUGCCAAAAUGUCUCGGGAUGAGGUGAUCAAACGCUAUGACAACAAUUUUGGUUUCCCAACGAAAGAGAUGGUGGAUGAGCUCAAAGAUGCAUUUGUCAAGAUCAACAAUGAAAUGAAGACAUAUCAAGACUGGUUCAAGAUCCUUAAACUGCCUGUUCUUACUGAUAAACAAGUGUUUGAUGUUCUGGUUGAGGCAGUGAAGUUCUCUAUUGUAAGGCCAGGUUAUUUCUGGAGCUCUGCCAAGACAGGGGGUGGAUGGGCCCAAGUGUUUGAGAAGUAUGCAGAUAUGAGAAGAGAAUCGUUUGAGAAGUACAAGAAAGAGAAGGAAGAAAGGGAAAAGGCAGCCAAAAAAGAGGAUGGAGGAGCAGAGGGGGAUAAGGAGGAAGAGAGUAGUGAAGGAAAAGGUGCUAGUGGAAAGGGAAGAAGAGGAGGAGGCAGGGGUGCUGCACGGGGAGGGAGGGGAACAGCAAGGGGGGGCAGAGGAGCUUCAGCAAGAGGGGGGAAGGGAGCUGGGAGGGGACGUAAACGAAAAAGCAGCAGCAGUGAUGACGAGGACUGGGGUGGGUCAAAGAAAAGACGAUAAUUUGGUCCAUGAUGUGCCAUUUUGAGUUUUAUCUUCAUGCUCAUGAAUAAUUUAUGUGUUUUGUGUUUCCUUUUUAGGGAUUGUGUAGCAUUAAGUUGAUCACGGCUUUAAUGAAAACAAUUAUUUAUUAAGUCUACCCUGUUCUUAUUUUUUUAAAAUCAUUGUUUGACUUUAUUGUCAUAUUGUCAAUCUAUUGUUUUAUAUAUUUUGUGUACAAUUAAGUGUAUGAUGCCAUAUAUAUAUAUUGAAUAGUUUAUUUUUACGUGGGGACGGGGCAGUUUAGCCCUCAGCUGUGAUGUGGAGAUACUCAUUUUUCAUAAUAGUUAAGAGGAGGAGACAGUUUUCUGUGUCCAAAGUCAAAGCUAUGAAUCGAUUUUAUGGUAAUGAUGUAUUUUAUGUUUAACCCUAUCCAUACUUCGUGUUUUAUUAUCGUAUCCAUACGACGUGGGGAACUCUGUGGAACCACUUUCCA